AGCACACACAUCUCGUAUCGAUCAAACAAUAAAAAAGAAAUCUUUGAAGAGAAAAAUGACGGGAAACAUGUAUAAGAUGAUGAUGUUGAUGGCAUUGAUAAUGAUGACAUGUGGUUUACAAGCAUGCAAUGCAACGAAUGUUGAUGAAAGCAAGCCAGAUCCAAAACUUGAGUGCUUCAAAAACUGUUCCAUAAGUUGUGGCAAACAAAACCAACCUUGUUACGAAGUUUGUUUGACGAAAUGUGGUCUCCCAAAACGUCCUUCUACAUCAACACCAUCAUCUUCCUCCACCACGGCGUAAUAAGUUUCCAUUUGUGUGAAAUUGUGUGUCUUUUGGUUUAUACGAAGUUUUAAUCUUAAUAUUGAUGUGCCAACAAUGCCGUGCCCAGGCUUAUAAGGGCUUAAGACGAAGUUGAAUUUUGGAGUCUUUCCAAUAUAAUUUUUAUUUAAAUAAAAUAUAUAUGUAAAAAUAAUUUUAAACGGUAUAAAUUAUUUCAAACAAAACAAUAAUCGUUAACAUUCUCAUCCUCUUCUUUGUUAACAUUUUUCAUCAUCUUGUUCUUUCUCAUUGAUCAUUUAUUUCUCACAGAUGCAGUAGAAUUUGAUUUCACAAACAGAUCAUCUUGUCCUGAACAAAGGAAUCAAGUGAAUAUAAACAAAACAAAAUACAAAACCAA